UCUCCCAAGUCCUUUUCUUCACUCCUCCUUCUUCCAAGUCCUUUCCUUCACUCCUCCUUCUCCCAAGUCCUUUCCUUCACUCCUCCUUCUCCCAAGUCCUUUCCCUUUAAACAGCCACCAUCAUGGCUUCCAAACUGAAUCCGAAUAUCCUGUACGUCCAAGAACCACAGGAGUCUCACUCAUCAUUGGAAACUGACCACCUUGCGCAGCCCGAACCCGGUGAAGAGAGCUCCGAUAGUGACGGAGAGCCAGAUGAGACAGAGCAGAAGCUAAUCCGGAAGGUGUCCACAUCGGGGCAGCUACGUGCCAAGAAAAGUGUGAAGGAGGGGAUUCUAUUGAAACAGACGAGCUCAUUCCAGAGAUGGAAAAGGAGGUUCUUCAAAUUGAGAGGAAGGACACUUUACUAUGCCAAAGACUCAAAGUCUCUGAUAUUUGACGAGGUGGACCUAUCAGACGCCAGCGUGGCCGAGACCAGCACCAAGAACAUCAACAACAGCUUUACGGUGAUCACUCCGUUCAGGAAGCUGAUGCUGUGUGCAGAGAGCAGGAAGGAGAUGGAGGAUUGGAUUGGUGCUCUGAAGUCUGUACAGAAAUGGGAGACUUACGAGACCAGUCUAUUUAAUAUGGAACAUUUCUCUGGGAUGCAUAACUGGUAUGCCUGUUCCCACGCAAGACCCACCUUCUGUAACGUCUGCAGAGAGGCCCUCUCUGGAGUCACCUCACACGGACUGUCCUGUGAAGUGUGUAAGUUCAAGGCCCAUAAGCGCUGUGCGGUGCGCUCCACCAACAACUGUAAAUGGACCACGCUGGCCUCCAUAGGAAAUGACAUCAUGGAGGAUGAGGAUGGGGUGUCCAUGCCUCACCAGUGGUUAGAAGGGAACCUGCCGGUCAGUGCUAAGUGUGUGGUGUGUGAUCGUAACUGUGGCAGUGUCAGGAGACUGCAGGACUGGAGGUGUCUAUGGUGCACAGCUAUUGUCCACAGCAGCUGUAAAGAGCAGAUGGGAAAGGUGUGUCCUCUGGGUCAGUGUCGCGUCUCCAUCAUCCCUCCUACAGCCCUCAACAGUAUCAACUCUGACGGCUUCUGGAAGGCCACCUCUCCCUCCUGCACCUCUCCCUCCUGCACCUCUCCUCUCCUGGUCCUCUGUAACUCUAAGAGUGGAGACAACCAAGGAGUUAAGUUCCUGAGGAAGUUUAAACAGCUCCUCAACCCUGCACAGGUCUUUGACUUAAUGAAUGGAGGGCCUCAGCUGGGUCUGCGUGUGUUCCAGAAGUUUGCCACGUUUCGUAUCUUGGUGUGCGGAGGAGAUGGCAGUGUUGGUUGGGUGCUGUCUGCACUGGACAAACUAAACCUGCACAAACAGUGCCAGCUAGGUGUGCUCCCCCUGGGGACAGGUAAUGACCUAGCCAGGGUGCUGGGCUGGGGAGCGCUGUGUGACGAUGACACUCAGCUGCUACAGAUCGUGGAGAAGCUGGAGAGAGCCACCACCAAGAUGCUGGACAGGUGGAGUGUGAUGACAUACGAGCUUCCCACCAAACACUGUCCAAUGGUGAAGGAAGACUAUUUUAGUCCCGACUCACCCUUACAGGUCCACAUCACUCAGUAUGCAGACUCUGUGGCCUCCCACCUCACCAAAAUCCUGGACUCGGACAAACCCACUGAUGUCAUAUCCUCUGCCAAGUUUUUGUGUGGGACGGUGAAUGAUUUUGUAGCAGAGGUUGGGAGAGCGUAUGAGAGAGCCACAGAGAACAAGGAGGAGGCCGAUGCUAUGGCCAAGAAGUGUACUCUGUUGAAUGAGAAGCUGGGCAGCCUGGUGAAGGCUCUGAGUGAGGAGGCUGAUGCCAAGGUGGUGCCAGUGGGCAGCGUGCCACCCCACGAGGACCAGGAGGGGGGCACAGACACCCCUGGAGGGGAACCCCAGCCCCCUUACAGGCCAGGGUUGGGGUCCAGAGAACAGCUGAUGAUGAGAGCUAACAGUCUGAAGAAAGCCCUGAGACAGAUCAUAGAACAGGCUGGGAAAGUGGUAGAUGAACAGAACAGACACACUCAUAUCCAGCACAUGUCUUCCUCCUCGUCCAUAAAGAGAGAGAACAGUGAGGAGCUGACAGAGCCAGAACCACGUCACAUCAGUUUGAGUCCCACGAGUUCCUCUAGCAUCGUCUUGGAGAAACCAGAGAGUCUCAGCCCUCCAUCCUUUAAUGAGGAUCAGUGUUCAGAGAAAUGUGUACUGAACAAUUACUUUGGGAUCGGUCUGGAUGCUAAGAUCUCCCUGGAGUUUAACAACAAGAGAGAUGAGCAUCCCAAGCAAUGCAGUAGUCGUACUAAGAACAAGUUGUGGUAUGGGGUGAUGGGAACCAAGGAGCUGGUGCAUAAGACGUAUAAGAACCUGGAGCAACGGGUACUGUUGGAGUGUGAUGGUGUCUCUAUAUGUCUGCCCAGUCUUCAGGGACUAGCUGUUCUCAACAUCUCCAGCUAUGCAGGAGGAAUCAACUUCUGGGGUGGCACCAAAGAGGACAGCAACUUUGGCGCCCCGUCAUUUGACGAUAAGAAGCUGGAGGUGGUGGCUGUGUUUGGCAGCAUGCAGAUGGCUGUGUCCAGAGUCAUCAACAUCCAACACCAUCGCAUCGCACAGUGUCGUCAGGUAAAGAUCACUAUCCUAGGAGACGAGGGGGUACCAGUACAGGUGGAUGGAGAAGCAUGGAUUCAGCCCCCAGGGAUAGUUAAGAUCACACACAAGAACAGAGCUCAGAUGCUAACCAGAGACCGGAACUUUGAGAGGACUCUGACGUCAUGGGAGGACAAGAGGAAGAUUGACAGCUACCAUUCCUCAAGGCCCCGCCUCAACUCUCAGCAGUCUAUGGAAUACCUCACAGAGGAGGAGUGUGCUCAAGUACAGCAGCUGGGCCUGGUGGCAGACAUGCUCAUCACUAGGAUAAGAGAUGCGGCUAAGACACACAAGCUGGUGGAACAGGAGUUAGCUCAUGCUGUCAACGCCAGUGCCCUGGUCCUCAGUGAAGCCUUCCCCUCCAAGCCGUCCAGCCCUGAGUGUCUGAGUCGCAGUACAGCAGUGGAGAUCGUGAACAGCAGUAGAGUCCUUCAGCUGGAGACCACGAUGCUGCUGGAGGGGAAACUACUGGUAUACUAUAACCCCCUACUGGUGGACUCUCCCCAGGAAGAGGAGCUCCUCUCUACUCUCAGCAGUCUGAGCGCUGAACUCCACAAGCUGGACGACAUACACUGGAUCUGCCCUGCCAUGCACUGCUCUGAGGAGGUGGCUGACACUGUGAGGGUGAGCGGUAAGAGCAGUAUUAAGAUGAAGAUGAUGCCCAAGGUGAAGAGGGAGAGAGAGAAGCUCCACAAGCAGAAGUCCAAUAGCUCUCUGUCAGGAUCUUGGGAUAUUAAAGGUGGCGCAAAUGAGACGGGUCCUUCAGGCAAUUGAGGAACUUAAACGCAAAUGCUUAACAAGGUACACCCAUCGCCAUGGCAGCCAGGGGAGGCGAGGGGUGUCACCCUCUUCUUCCUACGGGACGUGGGCUUUACCUACCGAGGGGUGAGAAGUACAAAAUGAUUCCACGACCCUCCCGCCUUUCAGCUAACACCUCCCCCUUGACUCUCGAUGUUCUCCAUUUAGAAAUUAGGGAGGAGUUAUUUUUAACUAAGGGGUGUGGCUUUGCAUUUAUUUGGCCUGCUGACCCAGGAGGUGGGCGUGGCUUCUUGAGAUGAAAGCAGAAAAGGAGAAGAGACGCUCUCUUAGCAACUUGUUUCCUUGACGAUGCAAUGUGUUUACAUAGGCGGAGCUCUCCUUUGCAUGACAUGAGCAGCCAUUUUUGUUUUUAUUUUUAUAUAACUCCUUUUUUUGGCAGGCGUUUACACUACCCUUCCUCUUUUCUCUCUUUUUUUGUAAUCUUUCGUGACAACUUACAGGACUUUUUAGUUUCCUUGAGAAAUCUGAAGUCUGAAGACGACUUUGCUUUCUGUUCCUAUCGCCGUAAGAACAACAAAAAUACAAAUGAACAACAAUGUAAACAACAUCUCAAAUGAUUAACUAGAGACUCAUAAAUGUAAAACAAAAAAUAGACUAUUGCAGGGUCAUAUUGAGGAAUGUACUACAUGUGUGCGUAUUACCUUGUGAAUAUUCAUAUUACUGUGUGAAUAUUCAUUUUACCUUGUGAAUAUUCAUAAGGUAGUAUGACUGGCCUGAUGUCUCCAUCCCUGCAUGCCUUCCACUCUUCACUAUCCUAUGAGAUGGAAGAAGUAGCCCAAUAGACACUGAUCUAAGGUCAAAAUUAGAAUUAGAAAUCUGAUCCUAGAUCUGUGGUUAGGACAAACAUUCACCAUGAGUUUAUACAUUCCUUAAUGGUCUCGAUUGAAUAUGUAUAUAUUAAUAAUAAUAAUAUAAUAAUAUAAUAUAAUAAUAAUAUAAUAAUAUAUAUUCUCUUGUAGAAAGUGGGUAGCGCCUUAUCUGGAGACACUUCUAUAAACUUUUUUUAUUUUUUUUAUUACGUUAUUAAUAGGAAGAAUAAAUUAAUAAAUAAUAAUAAAUUAGGAAACAACAUGUAUUACAACAUCCUGUAAUAUCUUGAACAUUUAUUUAAUCAAUUUAAUGCUGAACAAACUUGAAAUAAUGAUGUUUAUAGCCAAUCAGAUAAACUGUUAGCUAUAUGAAUGUGCUACUGUACCAUUAGCAUGCUGCUGUUAGAGGCUUUAAUGAGGUUUCUUACCGGGCGCACUGGUUUAAAAUGACAUAUGACGA